CAUAAUAGCGGCAUCACUACUCCUCUCUACUGUCGUCGGCAAAAUUAGAAAUACUUUUUUUAUUCAGCGAGAUCGACAACUGAGAGCCUGCUGUCGUGUAGUCGUGCAGUCGUGCAGCUGCCUAAAUAACUGUGUCCAUCAAAAUGUGUCUAUUUUAAUAUUCGACAUUCUGUCGCAUCGUUUGUGUUCCCAACAUAUAACGGCCUGCCCAGACGAAAUUUUAUGUGAAAACAAAUAUUGUUUUGUGUUUAUAAAGGAAUUCCACCGGCGAGGGUUUUUAUAUCCAUUCAUAUUACAUUAUCAAUAGACAUAUUUUUAAAAUUUAAAAUGAACAAAAGGACAUUUUCAAACCUUUUAAGUAAGGAGAAGGCAAGUUUUAAUGCUUCAGUUGCGAAGUUUCGCAAAUUGAAUGAAAGUAGUAAUAUUUCAAAAAGCGAUAAUAUACCAUCCCAAAGUAGGACAGCAGGUUCUAAAUUCUUCUUCUGUGAUGUAUCAGAUAAUUGUAAAGAAACCAGUAAUUUUGAAACUGAAGAGGAACUGGAGUAUGGUAGUGAUAGUGAUAGGGAAUUUUUGCCGGAAUCCCCCUCCUCGGAUACUAUUGAUGCAAAACAGCGAGGCGGAGGAGAAAAUAGCAAACCCAAUAAAAAUGCAAAUACAGCGAUGGUACUGCAACAAAUUUUGGAUACCCUUGAUAGGAUGGAAUCUAGGCAAGAGGAAAUAAUAAGCCGACUUUCAGCUGUGGAAAAUGCUCUUAUUGAAAAGAUGCCCGAACGUGCUGAGGUGCAAGCGCAAAGCCAAUUGUUGCGGGAAUUUAAGGUGCUCUCAGUAAAAACCCACCGCAGUGUAAGCCGCAUCACUGGCGACGUGAUGAGUGAUGAGGAGCUUCUAUUACAUAGUUUGCUCCCCAUGUCGUCAGAGGAAACAGUGUUGAAGGUGGAGGAGCACCUUACACACAAAGCUUACGUUGACGCUAUGGCGGCGAUCAUCCUCAACCUAAAAUCUACCAAGAAGUCGAUUGAAAAUGUGUUGCGAUCACUAUUUAGCGACAAGUUGAUAUGGAUGUAUAACUGCGAUGGGAAGGCGGGCAAAAAGCCAUUAUCAAAUUUAAAAACAGUGGAUCUCACUUUCGCUGCAUUUCCAAGUAUGAACAUUCAUAAAACUUCAGUUAUAAGGCGUUAUGUAAGUUUAAGUCACAAUAGGCAUAAGCAUUUUAGGCGUUAUAUGGAAAAUGCUCUUACUGAAAAGAUGCCCGAACGUGCUGAGGUGCAAGCGCAAAGCCAAUUGUUGCGAGAAUGCUCAGAAAAAACCCCGCGCAGUGUAAGCCCCAUCACUGGCGACGUGGUGGGCGAGGAGCAGCUUAAUGUGGAAAAUUCUCUUACUGAAAAGAUGCCCGAACGUGCUGAGGUGCAAGCGCAAAGCCAAUUGUUGCGGGAAUGUAAGGUGCCCUCAGUAAAAACCCACCGCAGUGUAAGCCGCAUCACUGGCGACGUGGUGGGUGAGGAGCAGCCUAAUGUGGAAAAUGCUCUUACUGAAAAGAUGCCCGAACGUGCUGAGGCGCAAGCGCGAAGCCAAUUGUUGCGGGAAUGUAAAGAGCCCUCAGUAAAAACUCACCGCAGUGUAAGCCGCAUCACUGGCGACGUGGUGGGCGAGGAGCAGCUUAAUGUGGGAAAUUCUCUUACUGAAAAGAUGCCCGAACGUGCUGAGGCGCAAGCGCGAAGCCAAUUGUUGCGGGGAUGUAAGGUGCCCUCAGUAAAAACCCACCGCAGUGUAAGCCGCAUCACUGGCGAAGUGGUGGGUGAGGAGCAGCCUAAUGUGGAAAAUGCUCUUACUGAAAAGAUGCCCGAACGUGCUGAGGUGCAAGCGCAAAGCCAAUUGUUGCGGGAAUGUAAGGUGCUGGGUGAGGAGCAGCUUCUAUUACAAAGUAUGCUCCCCUUGUCGUCAGAGGAAACAGUGUUGAAGGUGGAGGAGCACCUUACACACAAAGCUCACGCUGAUGCUAUGGCGACGAUUAUCCUCAACCUUAAGUCUAUCAAGGGGUCGAUUGAAAUGGUGUUGCGGUCACUAUUUAGCGACGAGUUAAUAUGGAUGUAUAACUGCGAUGGGACGGCGGGCAAAAGGCCGUUAAUAAAAUUAAAAACAGUGGAUCUCACUUUCGCCGCAUUUGCAAGUAAGGACAAGGACAUUGAUAAAACUUCAGUUAUAAGGCGUUAUGUAACUUUAAGUCACAAUAGAUAUAAACAUAUUAGGCGUAGUAUAAGAAGAAAUAAUGUGUUUUUUGAUUUAUCAGAUUAAUUUUGCGCACUUAAUGCACUUGUAUAC